AUGGCUACUUCUUUAGCGACUCAAACUGUACAACUCUGUCACUACCACUCAAAACAAUUUUCUUUCAAAUCACAGUCACCUGUCAAUAGGAAGAUCCAUACAAGAACAUCAAUUGGUGUUUUCAAUGGCUUCCAAAAUGUAUAUACCCAACCUUAUUUGCAUAAGCCUUCGGUUCUCGAGCCUAAUUCAAGGUUCUUGCAAAUGGAUCCUCAAGAAGCCUGCUCUAGUCGAGGGGUUUCGGUGCAAUCUAUGAGCUCAGAAGGGAGUACUAGUUCUCCAACUAUUUCUCAAAAGGUGAUUGGGAUUUUGCAUUUGCUUCUUUCACUUGGGAUUAUUCUUGCAAUGGAUAAGUUGUUGAAAAAGGCAUUUGUGGCUGCUGCUAUUAAGUUCCCAAGUGCACUAUUUGGCAUGUUUUGCAUAUUCUCAGUUUUAGUCAUUCUUGAUAUUACCAUUCCGGCUGCUGCUACAAGCUUGAUGAACUUCUUCGAGCCAGCACUAUUGUUCAUUCAGAGAUGGCUUCCAUUGUUCUACGUUCCAUCAUUGGUUAUUUUGCCUCUUUCUGUUAAAGACAUCCCUGCUGCAUCAGGCGUCAAGAUUUGCUUCAUCACAGCUGGAGGUUGGCUGGCUUCACUUUGUGUGGCGGGUUUUACAGCUAUUGCUGUGAGAAAAAUGGUGAAGACAGAAAUGACUGAUGCUGAGCCUAUGGCAAAACCGUCUCCUUUUUCUCCAGUAGAAGUUUGGGCUUGGAGUGGGGUCUUCCUUGUAUCAUUUGUUGCUGCAUUAUUCUAUAGAACGGCAUUGGGGACUGCUGCCAGAACAUGCCUUCCUUUCCUACUAGCAUCCACCGUGCUAGGCUAUAUGGUUGGUUCUGGGCUACCAUCUGGUGUGAAGAAGGUUUUCCAUCCCAUUAUUUGUUGUGCACUAUCUGCAGAUUUGGCAGCGCUGGCCUUUGGGUACCUUUCCCAAUCUGGACUUGAUCCCGUUCUAGGAUAUUACCUUACAAAAAUUUCAUCUAAUCCUGGAGCUGGCGAUGUGUUAAUGGGAUUCUUGGGAUCUGUCAUUCUUUCCUUUGCCUUCUCAAUGUUCAAGCAGAGAAAGCUUGUUAAGAGACAUGCGGCUGAGAUUUUCACGUCUGUCAUCGUUGCAACAUUAUUUUCGUUGUAUUCAACUGCUCUUGCAGGGCGUCUUCUUGAGUUAGAACCAACAUUGACUGUAUCUAUUCUUCCCAGAUGCAUAACUGUGGCAUUAGCUCUCAGCAUUGUGUCAUUCUUUGAAGGUGCCAAUUCAUCUGUCACAGCCGCUGUAGUUGUUGUAACUGGUCUCAUUGGAGCAAAUUUUGUGCAAGCAAUGCUCGAUAAAUUACAGUUUCGUGAUCCCAUUGCUCGUGGAAUAGCAACUGCUUCCAGUGCUCAUGGAUUGGGAACAGCAGCCUUAUCCGCCAAGGAACCUGAGGCACUUCCAUUUUGCGCCAUUGCUUAUGCUCUUACUGAGCAAUGCUUGCGAAAUCUCACCACUCUUCGUAAAUUGGAAAUCCGAUAUCUGACCAAGCUUGAAGUGUUCAAUGAGUACUUUGCUGGCCUCAGUUCGUUGGAGGAGUUGUCUUUUGAAAAACUUGUGAAACAUUGUGAGGAGCAAACAGGAGGGAACUGGUACAAGAAUUGGAUAGGACACAUUCCAGACGUUGAUAUGCACACUGGUAGCUAUGACUCUAGUUUUAUAAGAAAGAGUGACGAGUUUUGA